AUGGGUUACGUGCUUCGGAUUGUCUGCUCUAAAGGCAAAAUGGAGACUAUACCCCGUCUUGACUUAUCGCGAAACAGAAUUGAAAGGUUGGAGGACGAGGAUUUAAUGAGAUUGGAGGCGAUUGGCCACGUGGACUUGUCAGGGAAUCCUUGGAGUUGCAACAAAUGUUACGUUGGGACGAUGUUCGUAUGGAUGGCCACUACCGUCCUGAACGGUACCCUCCGUGAUCUAACUUGCAACACACCUCUGCGACUGCGCGGGAUACCAUUUUCAGUGUUGACCAUCGAAGACUUGGAUUCAUGCUAUAAUGAUUCUGACGUUCAUAUGCGCGUAUUAGCGGGUUUGCUGCUAAUUAGCUUUGCGGUCUUCACGGGUAUCACGGUGGCUAUGUGCCGCUCGCGCCUUCGGGCCGCUAACAACUUCACCAACGAGAACAAGCGUAGUGAACGUGAACACGAGCAUCCGGAAGAAGUUCUCAACUGCACUGAGCCCAGCACUGUGGCCCCCAUCCACGCCCCCAACCGCUUGGUAUCUCAAGACAGC